AUGUCCAACGAUGCGACUGUCCCGCUCCUCCCGCUCUCCAGGCGCUCUCUCGACGUCGAGCGCGACGACUACGACAGCGACGACGACACCCUCGUCUCGAGCCGCGCUUCCUCUGGCGGCACAGCCAGCCCAAAAUUCUCCCGCCUCUCUGCGCCCCUCCUCCUCAUACCCAUCUCCCGUCGCUGGCGACGUCCCCGCCCCCUCCGCGCCCGCUCGCGCCUCCUCCUCAUCUUUGCCCUCGCCCUCGCGAGCACCUUCCUCCUCGUCCCGCUCUUCAUCCAUCUCAUCACCGCCCCCGCUUUCCCCGCAAAGAUACCCUCGCCCUACGACGACAUCGCCAUCGUCUCCCUCGCCUCCUCGCUAUCCAGACUGCGCAAGACCCUCCCAUAUACCCUGCGCACGCUUCACGCCCAGAGCGUCAGACCAAAAGAGAUCAGAAUAUACCUCCCGGAAGGGGAGGAGCGAGACGUGAUCCAGCUGCAAGAAAGCGGUGGUCUAAGUCCUGAAUUUGAGACCGGGAACGUGAGGAUGUUCUUCGUGCCCGACCAGGGUCCUGGCACGAAAUUCCUCCCCCUUCUAACCGAACACCUCACCCUCGCCUCCAACCCAGACCCACACUCCGCGCACUACCUCUCGCGGCCCCUCAUCAUCCUCGACGACGACCACCUCUACACCCCUUCCCUCAUCUCCACCCUCCUCACCACCCACUUCGCCACCACCCCCGACUCCCCGUUCAAGCCGCGCAUCCCCACCGCCAAUACCUCAACGCCAAUUGCACAUGACCCAGAUGCGUAUCCAGCGCCGAACAUGACCAGUGCGGCGUUUGGCCUGCGCGGCCAGCGCAUCCGCCCGAACCUCCACUGGGCGAACCCGUACUACGCCAACGGCCGGUACACCGUGCACGGCUGGCAGAUCGACGCGCCCUACCGCACCGGGUACCUCACCGCCAACGCCGGCUACCUCAUCCUCCCGUCCUACUUCGUCCCGCACCAUCUCCUCCCGGCGUCAUCCCCGCACCCGCCCGCGGAGCCCUACACCGCGCACGCCGCCGUCCUCAACUACACCGGCGCGCCCUCGCCCGCGCGGCUCGUCGACGACAUCUGGAUAAACGCGCACCUCUCGCUCACCGCCCACCCGCGCAUCAUCCUCCCGCUGCCCGCCUCCCCGCCCUCGCUCGCGCUCGACCAGGUCUUCGGCUCGCAGCUGCUCACGCGCAAGAUGCGCAGCGAGGGCGUCAGCCGGCAGGACGCGAACGACGCGAUGAUCGCGUACUUCCGCGACGCGUGGGCGCAAGAGGGCGGCGUGUGGUUCCGCGAGGAGGAGGCGCUCGUGGACGAGGAAGGCGUAGUUGAGCAGGGUGGUGUGCAGGAGCGCGGGGAGAGCAGUGAUCCGCUUUGGAGCAGCUGGUGGCGGAGGAAGGUCAUGAACCGGGUUUGGGCGGUUGGCCUGGUGUGGAGGAGUUUCGUCGUGGGCUUUGAUACGACCAAGGCGCCAUAG